AAAUAAAAUAAUAGUUCUGCUUCUAUACAUCCAAUUCUAAAAUUUUCUAGUUUACAAAUAAAUUCUUAAAAUUAAUAAAUCAAUUUUUAGUUUAUAACAACAAACAAUAAUAAGUUUGGCCAUCCAUUGGUUAAAUUUUACAUUUUCCGUUAUGUCUAGCCUUAAAACAAUUUGACUGAAUUGUGUUUGUCAACGUAAAUAAAUGUUUUCUUUUCUUCCCUGUACAAUGUGAUUGAGAUUAUACCAACGAAACAACUUAACCCUAACCUAAGCCUGCCUACGCUCUGGAAUUUAGUUUAAAAAAUAAAUAUGAUGAGAUGGUGUGACGCUCACCACAAACUAUGAUCUGUUGUGUUCAUGGCUGACGAAUCCAUUCAAGAGCGUCAAGACAAUGAACUCGAAGCUCUCAAGGCGAUAUAUGGUGACCAAUUGCGAGAGACUCCCAGACCAAAAGAGACCAAAGGCUGGACGCCUCUGGAUAUCAUUUUGGCCCUGGGCCCCCAGCAGGGCAGUGUGCUACAGGAGGCUCACACUUGCCUGGACCUGCAUGUCGUCUGUGGCAAUGAUUAUCCUAACACGGUGCCCAAGAUAACAGUGGUGAAGUCCAAGGGGUUAACUACACAACAGUUGGACACCUUGGUGCGAGACCUGAACAUGACAGCUGAGACUCUCAAGGGAGAAGUGAUGGUCUUUGAGUUGGCAACAAUGGUGCAGACAUUCUUGCAUCAGUACAACAGACCAGGCUUCCAGUCGCUCUACGACGAAAUGUUUAGCCGUCAACUAAAAAAACAACAAAAAGAAGAAGAGCAAAAAAAGGUUUUGGAAGAUAAAACGAGACAAGAGGUUCUGCUAGAGAUACAAAACAAGAAGGAAGCACUAAGGCAAGAACUGCGAUGGCGAAGGCAUUCCGAAAUGGUGAAAGAAGAGGAGGGUGAUUUCUUACAAAGACUGCAAACAGACAGACAACCUGUUACCAGAAAACCACAGCUCAUGGCUGACCUGUUGGACAGUGGAGACAGUAACGAGAUGAAGCAGACUGACAUGAACUUCGAUGACUACAGCCCCUGGGCAGUCACAGCCUCUCCCAAGGGGGUCUCUCGUCUGGAGAAUGAGUUUGAAGUUCUACAGUUUGUUGGGAAAGGUGCUUUUGGUGAUGUUUUAAAGGUGCGGAACAAGUUGGACCGUUGCUUAUAUGCCAUCAAGCGUAUAGAGUUGAACCCCAUGAAUAAGUUACUGUAUAAGAAGAUCACUAGAGAGGUUAAAUUGUUGUCCAGACUCAACCAUGAGAAUGUGGUGCGCUACUUCAACUCUUGGAUCGAGACAACUAAUCAAGACAACUCCUCUUCAUCUCAAACUGAAAAGGUGGAGAAGGUGGCGCACAAGGUGGUAGACAUGCUGCCCAUUAACGAGGUCAGUGUGGAAUGGGACUUGUCCAAGCACAACCAGGACAGCUCUGACGACAGCUCUGAUGACAAUUGCUGGAUCACUUUCCUGUCUGAUCUAUAUGAGAUGUCCUAUUCAAGGCCAGGUUCGAGUGAGACAACAACUAAUGGAGACACGGGAGAUACGCAGGGGGUCACCAGUUCCACACCAGAGAGCAGAUCUGAGAGUGUGACGAGUGCUACCCAGCAGUUCAUGUACAUUCAGAUGGAGUUCUGCGAGAAAUCUACUCUCAGGACUGCCAUCGACAAUGGCCUCUACUUGGAGGAGAAGCGGGUGUGGAGACUAUUGCGGGAGAUAGUGGAGGGGCUCAGCCACAUCCACCAGCAAGGCAUCAUCCACCGUGACCUCAAACCGGUCAACAUCUUCAUUGACAGUGAGGACCAUGUCAAGAUAGGAGACUUUGGCCUCGCCACCACCAACAUUCUUCACAAGACAGGAGCAGGAGUGGUGGUGGAGCAGACAGAAUUGUUGGCCAGUCACAAUCAGAUGCUGUCAAUGGGGGAAGUCUCCCACACAGGCCAGGUUGGCACAGCUCUCUAUGUGGCUCCAGAACUGAACACUUGCUGCCUUAAGGCCACCUACAAUCAGAAGGUGGAUAUCUACAGUCUGGGAGUGAUGUUUUUCGAGAUGUGCUACAGGCCGCUGCACACUCACAUGGAACGUAUGAAAGUGUUGGCCGACCUCAGGUCUGAGGACUGUUUGCUGCCUGCAGACUUCAAAGAUAAUGGCAAGCUCAGCAAGACAAACCUGUUGAGGUGGAUGCUGCUGCAUGAUCCACUGCAACGUCCGAGUUCUGCAGAACUGCUACAGAGUGACUUGCUUCCACCUCCACAGUUCGAGGAGAGGGAGCUCCAGGAACUGCUGAGACACACUCUCAACAACCCUCAAAGCAAACUGUACAAGUACCUAGUCGCCUCCUGCUUCAGUCAGAAAAUGACAACAGCACAAGAUGUUACUUAUGACAUGUCUGUGAGCAAAGGGCGCUGGUUUGUUAGUCUGCUUCAAGAGGUGGUAGAGAAGACACGCAAGGUUCUGGAAACACAUGGGGCUGUGAGCCUGUCGCCGCCACUACUAGUGCCAUGUGGGGCUGCCCCACUCCCUACUGCUGCAGUAUCAGUGAUGACACGGUGGGGGGGAGUGGCAAUGCUGCCCCACAACCUGCGGUUACCGUUUGCCAGGUUCCUGGCUCACAAUCCGUCUAUCACACAAUUCAAGCGGUAUGCAAUUGACCGUGUUUACCGGGAAAGGAGAGUGCUCGGACAUCAUCCCCGGGAAUUGUACGAGUGCGCCUUUGACAUUGUCACCCCCUCCUCAGGUAACAUGGUGGCAGAGUCAGAGCUGUUGUCAGUAGUGUGGCAAGUACUUAACGAGUUCCCCUCACUUUUACACAACAACUGUGUGAUUUGCUUGAACCACACCAGUCUGCUGAGAGCUAUCUUUCUCCACUGUGGCAUCGAAGUAACCAAACACAACAGGGUCUGUGCUUUGCUGGCUCAAGCUAAGGAAGAGAACUAUAGCAAGCCGGAGGUAGAAUCACUGUUGUCAGGUCUGGACCUGGCCGAUCACACUGUCAGUACACUGUUCAGCUUGCUGGAACAGGAGCAUUCGUGUGGGCGGGCGGCUGCUGUACUACAGCCUGUACUGCGGCGCAGUAGUGCUACCCACAUGCUAUGCAAACAGGCCUUCCACCAACUCGAGUUAAUUGUCACCAACACUGCAGAACUUGGUGUCAAGUGUCCCAUAGUGGUGUCACCGGGACUGGUGGAGGAUAUGAGCCACUAUUCAGGCAUGAUCUGUCAGGUGGUGUGGGAACAGAGGAGCAAACAGAGUCGCAGUCAGCGCUCCAUCAUAGCUGCCGGGGGUCGCUACGACACUCUCAUCUCCUCUCUACGUCAGAUGCAAGAGGGGAGCCAGUGUCAGAGUGCUGUGGGUAUCAGUCUCUCUCUGGACAAGCUGGUCACAACCUUGCAGGCUGACCAGUUCAAGAUAUCUCCUGUCAGUGCUGUUGUGUGUUCUGUAGGCACCAAGCUCAUGACGCAAGAGAAUUUUAGUUUUACUAUAUCUCUGUUAUACAGUCAGAUGCAAGAGGGGAGCCAGUGUCAGAGUGCUGUGGGUAUCAGUCUCUCUCUGGACAAGCUGGUCACAACCUUGCAGGCUGACCAGUUCAAGAUAUCUCAUGUCAGUGCUGUUGUGUGUUCUGUGGGCACCAAGCUCAUGACGCAAGAGAAUUUUAGUUUUACUAUAUCUCUGUUACAGUCAGAUGCAAGAGGGGAGCCAGUGUCAGAGUGCUGUGGGUAUCAGUCCUCUCUGGACAAGCUGGUCACAACCUUGCAGGCUGACCAGUUCAAGAUAUCUCCUGUCAGUGCUGUUGUGUGUUCUGUGGGCACCAAGCUCAUGACCCGAGAGAAGCUCAGUCUCAUUAGAGAUCUCUGGGCAGCAGGGAUCAAGACAUACCUGCUGGAUGGUGUACAGAACUUGGAAGAAAUACAAAAUUUCUGCCUGGAGAUGAAUGUUCCUCAUAUAAUUAUGUUGAAGGACACAGAUCCUAGUUCGGUGAGGAUACGCUCAUGGAACAAGGACAGGUUCCAUGAGAAGAAGGUGACGCAAGGUGAGUGUGUGGACAACAUGUUGCGGCUAUGUGACACCCACACCUCCUUGCGACCAGAGACCAAGAGUGUUCCUGUUAUAACAGAAGUGCCAACAAUCAACAUUGUCUUCCUGAUUGGAGAGAAACUCUCCAGUGCCAUGAAACGUCGUUAUGAAAAUCAGGUGCUCAACUCUAUCCUGUCCACAAUCCAGCGCCUCUCAGCUAAGGUGCGAGUGGAGGUCAUAGUCGUCAACAUGGAGGGGGAGGUCAUUAAGAUGCUGGCCUCAUACAUCGAGUUGGACUCAGAUGACCAGGACCUGUCUGCUGUCACUAAAAGAUUCCCCAAACACAAGAAGAUGGUUUCUAGACUCAGUGAGCAGAUUCAGGAGAUGAGAAACAAGAAAACUGUUGCCACCAUAGUGCUGUACGGAACAGUGGACAACACCUUCAAAGUGCUCUUAUAGUACAACCUGUAGCCAGUAAUCUUGAUCUCAACCCAUUUACAGGUCUUGAUUUUUGUUGCUUUAUUAUGUUUCUGUUUAUAAAUAAGUUGUCUAUUAUUAGUUUUCUUAUUACAGAAGCAUAAAAUUAGAUCUGAAACAUAAAAGGAUUAACUAUGUUAUAAGUUCUAAUUCAAUGAAAGAUGGAUAACUUUUACUCUUUUAGAGUUUUAGUUUAUAUUUUUUUAGCAAAAACUGCAUUUAGAAUUACAAUUAUUUUAUGAAUUGGGUUUUAUUAUAUUGUUUUAACUUAUUAAGCAUUUUAUGAUUGCAUAAAAAAUGGAUUCUUACGA